AUCUAUGCCCACCGAUACCAAUUAAAGACAACUUUCGGGCAGAUACGCGCACUUGUAUCAUAUAAAUCGCCGUUGUAACUACAUAUUUUAUUCUGUGACUCACACGUGACAUCUUUUCCCUCAGUCUUGUGGAAGUGCAGGUUUUUUUUUUAAUCUGCUCUGUGGUGGCAGAUGAGGUGGUUGAAGUUGGCAGAAGGGGGAUCUAAAGCGUUUAUUCUAGAUUAUGAUCCCAUUAAAACGCAGGAAAGUGUCUCUAACUGUAAGCCAACAAAAUGACACCUGUAGAUUUCCCCAUCUUUCUAUAUUCAUCUUGGAGAGAAAGAUGGGAACAUCUAGAAGAGCAUUUCUUACACGAUUAGGACGGAGCAAAGGAUUUCGUAUUAAAGAAACCUACAGUUCCUCCAUCACACAUAUUGUGUCAGAAAACAACAGUGGAGAUGAAGUCCAGGCCUGGCUGGACAACCAAACGGGACGAGACACAAACGACACUUCCAGUUCUGUGUGUUUGUUGGACAUCAGGUGGUUUACGGAGAGCAUGGAGGCUGGACAUCCCGUUACAGUUCAGGAUAGACACACAUUACAGGUUAAGCCAAAACCCAACAUAGACCCAAAUGCAAUGCUGAUGAAAAGUUACGCCUGUCAAAGACGAACACCUUUGAAACACCACAAUUCCUUUCUAACAGAUGCUCUUGAAAUCUUGGCUCAAAAUGCAGAAUAUAAUGACAAUGAAGGACGGAGCGUCGCUUUUAGACGGGCAGCUUCAGUCCUAAAGGCACUUCCCCAUCGAGUGAAGAGCAUGGAGGAUCUGAGGUCUUUGCCCUGUCUGGGGGAACAUUCACAGAGGGUUAUAAAGGAGAUUUUAGAAGAUGGAUCAUCAAGAGAAGUGGAGUCAACGAGACGAUCAGAGCAAUAUCAAGCCAUGAAGGCACUAACUGGUAUUUUUGGGGUGGGUGUGCGGACGGCAGAUCGCUGGUUUAGAGAGGGAUUGCGAUCUCCUGAUGAUUUGAUUCGCACAGGACAACAGUUGAACCGUGCACAGCAAGCGGGAGUCCAGUAUUACGAUGACCUCCAGAAACCCGUCACUAAGGCGGAGGCUGAUGUCAUCAGUGAUAUUGUAGAGAAAGCUGUGCACGCUGUGCUGCCCGGAGCAGAGAUCCAGCUCAUGGGAGGCUUCAGGAGGGGGAAAGAAGUCGGUCAUGAUGUGGACUUUCUCAUUACACAUCCAGAGGAAGGAAAAGAAGAAGGACUGAUGCCUAAAAUCACAAACUGGCUGGAGGAGCAGGGUUUACUGCUGUAUCAGAAGACGACCAGAAACUCUUAUCUGGAAAAAAUGGACGGUCCAGCUCGGGCACCUAAUAACAUGGAUCGCUUUGAGAGAUGCUUUUCCAUAUUUAAGCUUCAGGCGUCUGCUGAGAGCUGCACAUCGAAUUCCACUGCUUCUGUUCAGGACGUCAGUACAGGAAGUGAAACUGAAAGACACAGUGACCAACAUUCAGAAGCGUCGGACUGGAGAGCUGUUCGGGUAGAUCUGGUGGUCAGUCCCUACAGCCAGUUUGCCUUCGCUACUCUCGGAUGGACCGGGUCUAAGCUGUUUGAGAGGGAGUUGAGACGGUGGGCGGGGCAAGAGAAGCACAUGUCUUUGAGCAGUCACGCCCUGUACGACAGCAAACAGAAUCUGUAUCUCAGAGCAAAGACGGAAGAGGAGAUUUUUGCCUACCUGGGUCUGGAGUUUAUUCCUCCGUCUGAACGCAAUGCCUGAAGACUGCUAGUGUGCCAGUGCUUCCAUCACAGAGCCUUAUAUACUUUUUAUUUUAGCUGCCAGUUAUGAUCAGAUCACAUUUCGCAUGUAAACAUCUAUAGGAUGUGUUGGAAAGGAGAUUGCAAGCAUCAGAUAUCAGUUUUCUCUGCACUGUAGUCAGGUUUUAAUGUGGUUCUUUGUACUAAAUAAGGUAUAGUAAUGAGAAAAAGUAAUUCUCUUUUAUCAGAUACUUGAAUGUUUAUAAGAUGUUGUUCUUAUUUUAUUCUUUUUAAUUAAAUAUUUUAAUUAAAACUGAAAAUGUGUCACUAUAUAUUGUUUCCGCUGCAGUAAUUUGACGUUGUCUUUGGAUAAAUGACCACUGGUGGUUUCUAUGUAAUGUCUUCUGGCACAUAUUGGUUUUGACUUGAUUUUAGUGUCUUAGCUGCUGGUGUUGAUUGUCUACAUUGCAUAUACUAAGCAUAUAAAUGGACAUUUGUGGA